CUAAGUGAACCAGGACUCGGCAUGAACGGUGCCACGCGUAAAUAAAUCCUUUUGAGUCUGGCCGUUUGGUUUCCGACAAUUUUCAACGUCUGCGUUUAUCACCGUUUGUCGUCGCGCGCACACACAUUCACACAAACACACGUGCAUCGACAUAUUUUCCACCGCACAAAACGCGCGUACGUAAGGGGAAACGAACGAACGGACGUGUUUACGGGAGAUAAAUCAGAUUUCGAGUGCCCGCUUUCGCACCGGUGCCGCCGCAAGACGAGGGUUGCGGGUAAAUUCGUAACGUCAAUAGUGCAUGAUUUACAUGAAAUCCCAACGUCGUUGUCCUUUGAAUUUGAUCGCGUGUGAGAACAUUAGAUGUGUUGUAAACUCGGGAUUGGAUUCGUAAUUCUAUGAGUUCGUCGUACCUGGGAAACCAUUACUUCGAAAAUGUAGGCUACUCACAAUGAAAAAAUGAAAUUCGCCAGCUGCAUUUUGAAGACCGCAAUAUGCAUAGCGCUAGACAUCGUGUUUACGUUGUCGGUCGUUUCACCAAGUGAAGACGUCACCAAGUUAACACAGUUCGGAUGCAGGUGGUUCGGUGGUAUUGUCGGAAUGGUAUCGUGCAACUGUACUUCGGAUGCUGAAGAGAUGUACAUCGAGCCGAACUCCAUCCCUGGAUUCGACACCUCGAUUAUAGAGAUAAACAGAUGCCCCAAAGUUCGCUUCGCGCCGCACUCGAUCUCCGAUCUGCGCAACCUUCGUAGAGUGUCCCUCAACUCGAUCGCGUCGGUAUCGUUCGAGGAAAGCAGCAUGAACUGGUACGGCUAUCGGGACGUCGGCGGCCAAGAAGAGCGGUUCGACUUAACAGUACCUUCGCUCAAAGUGAUCUUAAGAAACUGCGUGGUGGAAAAAAUCGCAUCGCAAGCCUUUAGCGGACGCAUCAACGAAAUCUCCUUCGAGGACGUUACGGUGGACGCGGUGGAUUCAUUUGCCUUUUCCAACUUGCUCCAAACCGAAAACGUAGCGUUCAAGUACACCACGUUCAAGGACGUCAAACCGCAGGCCUUUAAAAAGUUCGGCACGGAAUACCUUACGCUAGAUGGCGUCAGCGCGUACUUCGUGCCGAGCAGAACGUUCUCCAACGUGAGCGUGCACCAGAGAUUUUCGAUAAUAAACUCGAACUUGGAAUCGGUAAGGCCGGGGGCGUUUUUCAUUUACAACCCGUCGACGUUCGAAGUGAUCAACACGCGAAUCUCGCAGCUCGACGGGGAAGCUUUCAAAGUGAUGACGCGAGGAGACGUGGUGUUCAGAAACAACGUGUUUAACGACAUUCAUGAAGGAGCGUUCGUGGGUAUCCGUUUGAACAGGGCAGAGGUUACGGGUUCGCACAGUAUAACCUUCGAUUCGAAUACUUUUUCGACCCUGAGGAGCGGCUCCCUGCAGGUGGUGGGAUUCGACACCAGAUUCGCUAACUUAAACGUCAAUCAAAGCUGCGACUGCGAGCUCGUGGAAGACCUACAGCUAACGCAAUUUUUCAACGACGUCAGGUGUUUAAACGAUGACGUAUAUGUGACGGUACGUGACUACGCGUCGCGGAGUUGUUCGGUAGUAGCCGGUUAUACUACCGUCAUAGUGAUAACGUGCGUGGUGAUACUCGCGGUAGCCCUCGCUUUGAUCGGCCUCUACGUAUAUUACAAAACCGUUUAUUUGAGUAAGAAAUACGAAACCGAUAAGGUGAGAAACAAUCCGGGAAAAAUCAGUCUGAUCGUGCCCGAUGGGAAAACUUAUAAAGAAACGGAAAUACAUGUGAUAUUGGAAAAAGCUGAUCUCCUCACUACGGAACUGUAACGAUGACGCUAAUUUGUAGUAGUUUGACAAAAAUCCUAAAGUAUUGUGUUACACCAAAGAAAUAUCAUGUCCAUGGUAUUGCAAAAAUAAAAACGAAAAC